AGAGUGAGUUACACUGAGGUACAGAACAGGUUUUACUAUUCGUAGAAACACACUCACACAGCUGUUAACACCAGGAAUAAAAUACCGGAACCCUAUCAACCAAGGAAGCUGCUCUAGCUUAAACCUCUCCAUUUUCUUCACACCAGACCAGAGGAUGACAAACAUCUCACGAUAUCUUGUCAACCACCUGCUGACCUACUCGCUCCAGGACGGGGAUGUGCAGAAUGUGGAGGAAGCCCGGACACGUCUCUCCGUCCUGGCUCAGAACAAAAAGCUGUGGAGUCAACAGAUGUACCUGGAUGUCGGAGCAGAAGCCAUUCAUCUCCGAGACACACAGAGCAAGGACGAGCUGGAGGAGUACUCUUUCAAAUCCAUCCUGCGCUGCGAGGCCAUCAACACAGAAAAACACUUCCCAUCCCUCCUUCUGUUGGUCUGCCAAAGUGCAGAGCAACAGAAGCCGGACAUUCACUUCUUCAACUGCGAGACAGUGAAGGCAGAGCAAAUCUGUGACGACAUUACACACGCAGUUUCGGGUUCCUCUACCAGCAGGACUAAGAAGCUCUCUGAUGCCCUCAGGCUUCCUCAGAGUGGGGGUGAGAUGAAGGACCCCUAUGGAAUCCCGAACCCCCCCAUCCCACAUGCUCCAAAUCCUCCACCAGCCAACCCCCCACCUUACCCUGGACACAAAGCAAACAGUGGGCCUGAUAUCUCCUACCUGCGAGCAGAGAGAGAAGUGGGGAUCCUCAAUCACUGUUUCGACGACAUCGAGAGCUUCAUGGGCAAGCUGCAGCAGACUGCGGAGGCCGCGACGGUGCUGAACCAGAGGAAGAAGAAAAAGAAGAAAAGUAAAAAGCAAAGUGCUGAAGAAGAUUUACUCACUGCAAAGGCCAAGCCUCCGCCAGAGGAGGAGUUCAUCGAUAUCUUCCAGAAAUUCAAAUAUUGCUUCAGCCUGUUGGCCCGCCUGAAGUCAACUAUCUCCGGGCCUUCAUCAGAGGAGCUAGUUCACCAUGUAUUCAAACCUUUGAAUAUGAUGGUGAAAACAACAGGGGGACCGCCUAUGGGAGCCUCAGUGUCCAGCCCCGCCCUGACCAGCUCUGCUGUCUUCCUGCUAAAAGACAACCUGAGCGAGGAGGAGAGGCAGCUGUGGACGUCUCUGGGUCCCAACUGGACGCUCCCGCGCUCUCAGCUCAGAGGGUCUGUAGCUCCCUACACUCCUGUGUUUUUGGACGGCUGGAAGCCGGAGGCCUCGAGGGCAGACGGGCAGGUUUGGGAGGAUCCGAUCGAGUCACAGCACAAACAUGAAGCCCUCCAGCAUCAACAGCCUGACACCGGUGAAACAGACGGCAGCACACUCCCACCAGAAUCUGAGAGAAUCUACAGCUGCACGUAUGACUUCAUAGCCAGGAAUAGCAGUGAGCUCUCAGUGCAGCAAGGGGAGACACUAGAGGUGAUCGAGUCGUCCAAGCGCUGGUGGAAGUGUCGUAAUCGGUUCGACCAGAUCGGAUUUGUUCCCUUCAAUAUCCUGGAUCCCUUGGCCCACAUAGACAGCCCCGUCACCAAUAAACCCCCCAGUGCUCCAGCUCCACCUCCCCUCGCCGGGUCUUUCUCUGCAGUCCCACCCAGCUCUCCCACUUCACACCAGGCCCCCACCCACUCGCCCCAGCGCCCAUACAGUCAGCAUACAUCAUCUGGAGAGGACCAAGACAAACAAGUGAUGUUGAUGAAUGACGAGCUGCUCCAGAGGCUGACCAAUGGAAAGACCAAUCUGAACAAACCGCUGGUCAUCCCUCGCUCCUCAGAGACCUCCGUGCCUCUGGACUACCACUCUCCUCCAGACGAGGUAGCCGAGUGGCUCCAACGGAAGGGCUUCAGUGAACCGGUGGUGUCAUGUUUGGGAGUGCUGACAGGCGCCCAGCUCUUCUCCCUCAACAAGGAGGAGCUACGAGCUGUGAUUCCAGAGGAGGGCGCCAGAGUCUACAGUCAACUCACUGUACAGAGAUCACUGCUGGAGGAUGCCAGAAGGGCCACAGAGUUGGAGGCGGUCAUGGAGAAACAGAAAAUGAAGGUGGAUCUGAAACUGGAGAGCAGCACAUUGUGAGCAGCAGGUGUCUUCAUCACGAAGAGGUUCAGAUGGAGGAUUGUGUUAUUCUGGUAGUGCCGUCACUCGAGAGUGAACUCCUGAAUUAUUAAUUCCAUUCACGAGAGAACAAACAUGUGACAGUGACCAUCUUGCUCGAAGGGCCAUUAUGACACGAUUGAUUCAUCUUAAGACUAAAGUAUUUGGCAGCGAAUCAGAAAUGGAAGCUUUUAAUGGAAGCCGGCGCUGUGCAAAUUAAAUAUUGUCAAAUUUGAGUACACCAUUUGUAAUGCAUGUUGUUUAUUUGAAAGUGAAUAGUUUUCUUCUGUCUCCUUUCUUUCUAGUCGGGAAGGACUAACUUAAAAGUGUAUUUAUGUUUGUUUGUAGAAUACUUGCCUAAUAAUUCAACCCUGAAUAACCUGCAAUGACAAGACCAUGGAAAUUGAAAUGGCGAUUCUUUUUUAAUUUUUAUUGAGACUUUAAAGAAAUUUUUCCAGCAGAACAUAAACAGAUAUGACUUCACACAUUAGGUGAAGCAAUGCAUCCAUUCAAAUCUGUUUGCAAUUAUAAAUCUAUUCAGAGGAAUUUGUCCAAAUUGGACCAACAUAAAGACUAAUAAAAAUGUAUGUACAGUUAUGGCAUUGAAUUUAUAAUGUAUAAUUUCUGAACCUACUGCUUCACAUGCCGACACGAAUUUUGAAGUUACAAUUUAUCUUAAAUAAAAGAAAUCAAGAUGGAAACAAAAUAUAAAACAAGAACCUUGCCACCGACAAUUCAAAACAAGUGUUUACUUAUACUGGCCAAACUCUCAAUCAAAUAGAUCCUUUCACUACCAGCAGCAUAAGAUAACAGUUGAUUAGCUAAAAUUAAAAAAAAAUUUAAAAAAGAA